CAAACAGCGUGAAAGAAAGGAAGGGAAGCUCGAGGAGAGGACAAGAGACUGGAGGAGUUAAUUUAUCGCUGUCCUUGACACAAAGCCUUCGGACAAAAAGAAAAAGGAGAGAAGAAAAAGAAAGGGGGAAAAAAGGGAGCAGAGCUCGAGAAAUUUCGAAAAUAUCUGCCUUGAUUAUUUAAUCAAUAUCGAGUAUAAGUUGAGAACCGACCGAGCAGCAAUGGCCCAGGAGACCAAUCAGAGCCCGGUACCCAUUCUGUGCACCACGGGCUGCGGUUUCUACGGCAACCCCAGGACUAACGGCAUGUGCUCUGUGUGCUACAAGGAGCACCUGAGUCGACAGCAGAGCAGCGAUCGCAGCCCAGUGAGCCCUCUGGCAGCAGGCAGUCCUUCAUCUGAGACGUCAGCCAUGCAGAGACUAGAAGGCAGCCUAAACAAAGCAGAGGAGACCUGCGCAGAAUCGGCAUCAGAAGGCAUGUCGGCUGCAGCCUCCCUGCCAGUCACACAACAGAUGACGGAGAUGAGCAUUUCCAGAGAGGAGAAGAGCCCAUCUCCUCCAUUGAACGAUGCAGAAACAGUCGUUAGCCAGCCCACUUCUUCCUGCUCGCCCCUUAGUGAUGUUGUUGCAAAGAGUCCGGACGCCGGCAAACCCAAAAAGAACCGCUGCUUCACCUGCCGCAAGAGGGUCGGCCUCACAGGUUUUGAUUGUAGGUGCGGCCAGCUCUUCUGUGGCAUCCACCGCUACUCGGACAAGCACAACUGCACAUACGACUACAAAGCUGAGGCGGCUGCCAAGAUCCGCAAAGAAAACCCUGUGGUUGUGGCCGACAAGAUCCAGAGAAUAUAAAGCAUGGAAAGAGAAGUAUACUGAGCUAAAACGGAUAAAGGAUAAACGGACUUGUUUUUUCUAUUCUGAGAAAGAAGGCGGGGUAAAGCAGCUGUACUGUGUGAUGCCCAUGCAUUAAUUACCAUUUGGUUUUAGGUAUUAAACUUUUUUUUUUUUUUUUUUUUUUUUCCCCUCUUUGCUCUCACCUGCUGUGCCAGCUCUUUGCCAUAGUUUUGGUUUGUAGAUCACGAUGCCGUUUCAGGGAACCGUUAAUCCUAUUUUUCUGCUGGUUAUGAGCUAAUUGACUCCCUUGCCUGUUCUUUCAGUGCCUGAUUGGUUCAAGAUAGAAAUGAUACUCCUAAAAAUGACUAGACUGCAUCAAAAAGAGAAUACCGAGGCUGCGUGGUGUGUUCACGACAUCAUUACAGGAUACCAGUCCAACAUUUGCGAAGUUACCAUUUAUAUUUCAAGCUGGUAUUGAUGCUGAGUAUUGGAUCAUUGCUUUCCUAGAAAUCGCAUGGUUUGCCAAAACAAGGUUGUGCAAUUUAGCAUUGUAAGCAGGACGUUCUGAAACUCGUGUGGGGUUUUUUUUUUUUUUUUUUUGUGCGCACACGCGCACUGUUCUGCAAGUGUUCUCUUCCAGUCUGAAUUGGGAGACAAUUUUUUUUCUUUGUUCUUCCUUGUUCCUUUCAAGCCUAUUCAGUAAAGGUCAAACAGAUCAACUUUCCACCAAGGCUGCCUGUCGGUCAUCAAUAAUUCAUCAUCCCCCCCCCCCCCCAAAAAAAAAAUAACAAUUUCAUAAUGUGAACAUGCUACUGUGACCCACUGGUGGAUGCUGAUCCGAAGGCGUUAGUGUUUGUCCUCCUAGCUUCUUUCACAGCACAUGAGCUUACAGCCGUGCGGCCAUUUAUUAUGGAUACUAUGGGGUUGUUUGUUUUUAUCAUUCGAGUGCAGUUAUUUAGGCAUUUAUUUGGUGUUUAUGAACAUGUGUGCAUGCAUAUGAGAGAGUGUGUGUGUGAGAGUGAGCGAGAGAGAGAAACAAUCCUUCCUGAGUCAGUUACGUUUGGACAUUUGAAGCUCAACAAAAGGAUCAGUGUUUUUGUUAAAUGUGAGCGCUAGCACCCAUAACUGAACUUCUUUGUGUGUGUUUUUUGUGGGUUUUUUUUUUUUUUUUUGCCGUCCCCCCCCCCAUGGCCCUAGGAGUGACUAAACCAUAUGUAUCUCUUUUUGAGUUUUAAUUUCAGCUAUUAGUUAUAUGCAAAUUUGUACAAAAGAAAACCUGUUCAUAUUUAUGUAUUGCAUUUAAUCGUUUUACUUGCCAUUAAUGCAAAAAAAUAGUAUUGUAAAUAAAAAUGUACAGAAUAAAAAAAAAAAACAAAAAAAAAAACA